UGACACAACGUGAUUCUGCUGCCUAGAUUUAACAACAACAGAAGCUACACCACUGCUGUUCAAGUGCAGUCUGAGUUUAAAGUAAUCAGAAUUAUACUUGUUUAAGGGUAUCUGCUCGUUGAGAUUGUAACUGUAACGUUAAACUGGCGUUUAGUUUGAUGUCUGUGAAUACACUCGAGGGCUGUGACUCCGAGGAUCAUGAAGUAGCAUCGUUGUUGACGGUGCGUCCGUGAACUAUCAGUCAUAUACUUCUCAAUGCCCUCUCUGUGUUGGAUUCUUUGAUGGGGCUUUUACGGACAAAGAUGCCACCCAAGUUUCAACUUCUGGCUCUGUUGGCUUUCGCGAUUGCAAUGAUCUUCUUGGAGAAUCAAAUUCAGAAGCUCGAGGAGUCGCGGGGGAAGCUGGAACGAGCUAUUGCCAGACAUGAGGUACGAGAGAUAGAACAACGGCACGUUCAGGAGGGGGUGAAAGAGAACUUAAUGGAGGAGGAAGAUUUGGUGAUUAUCUACAACAGAGUACCCAAAACAGCCAGUACCUCCUUCACCAACAUCGCUUAUGACUUGUGCAGCCGAAACCAUUACCAUGUGCUGCACAUUAAUACCACUAAAAACAACCCUGUCAUGUCCCUUCAGGACCAGGUCCGGUUCGUAAAGAAUGUGACGUUAUGGAAGGAGAUGAAGCCUGCUUUUUACCAUGGACAUGUGUCCUUUCUAGACUUCACUAAAUUUGGAGUAAAGAAAAAGCCUAUAUACAUUAAUGUUAUCCGAGACCCCAUUGAACGUCUGGUGUCUUAUUACUACUUCCUGCGCUUUGGUGAUGACUACAGACCAGGCUUACGGCGCAGGAAGCAAGGAGACAAAAAGACCUUUGAUGAGUGUAUAUCUGCUGGAGGGUCCGAUUGUGCUCCAGAGAAGCUGUGGCUCCAGAUUCCCUUCUUCUGUGGUCACUACUCGGAGUGCUGGAACAUUGGCAGCAAAUGGGCUUUGGAGCAAGCCAAAUACAAUCUAGUGAAUGAAUAUAUGCUUGUUGGGGUGACAGAGGAGUUGGAGGACUUUGUUAUGAUGUUGGAAGCUGCUCUUCCUCGUUUUUUUAAGGGAGCCACAGAGCUCUACCGAAAAGGGAAAAAAUCACACCUGAGGAAAACAAGUGAAAAGAAGCCACCCACCAAAGAGUCAAUUGCCAGAUUGCAGCAGUCGGAUAUCUGGAAAAUGGAAAAUGAAUUUUAUGAGUUUGCAUUAGAGCAGUUCCAAUAUGUCCGGGCACAUGCGGUUAGGGAAAAGGAUGGAGAACUGUAUCUACUGGCACAGAACUUUUUCUAUGAGAAGAUCUACCCAAAGACUACUUGAGACUCGAACGCACUCCAUCAGGAUAAGUGCUGUUGAUAGAAACAAUGGAAGGGUGAAGAAAUUCAUAGGUAACUCUUCUCCAUCUGGAUAUGUACGUUUAGGGCAACAGAUGCUAUUAAAUGGAGAGUCUUCAGGCCAAAAUGCUGCCGUGAGCUUUAGCCCACCAUACGCAUCAUUUUAAUAAACGUUUAAAAGCAGCUGAUCUUUGAGUGACUGAGAUAUUUUUAUUAAUGCCAUUACAGCUGCUCUGCCAUGUGGAUUUUAUACAGAUCCUGACACAUUUCUGAAAAGUUUUCAUUUAUAGACACUCAUGCAAUGAACUACAUUCUGUUGAGAAUUAUAACAUCUUAUGUGUAAAACAGAAUACUGAUGACUACUGAACAUUCAAAAUAUUUUAAAGUGCUUUAUUGUAAAAGAUUUACUGUGUUGUUUGAUAUAGAAAAAAAAGUUAUUCUAAAACUUUUCUGGUACUUUCAAAAGGGAGUAUAUGGACAAUAUAGGGAGUAAAUGAAAUGCACUGUUCAUUAUUCCACAUUUGCUAUUGUUAAUCCAGAAUUUGUCUGUUCACAAGCUUGCAGUUUCUUCCUUUUUUAUUAAUUAAUGAAAAUAUUUUUUAAUGUGUGUAUGUAAAUACUGGUCGUUACAGUGGGACCAAACAUUUCAAUACGGACGGAUAAAUGAUUGCAAAUCAUUUUUUAUUUUGAGCAACCAUAUGUGCAUGUGAGCCACUUUGUUGCUACCGCUUCAGUUGUAAAAUGCUUUUUUUAUUUGCUUAUAUUAAUAUUUGAUGACUGUAUUAUCAUAUUUUUAGCAUAAUGUUUGAAUGGACAUUUCAAAGAUGUGCAUGUCAAUCCUCUUAUUUCAACAUACAAAUCAUUUUCUGCUUGAUGAUUUAGAGAUGACGUGGAGGUAAAUUGGAAGAAACAAUCUAAAAUUUCAUUGGCACCAUGCCUUAAUUUUUUAUGACAGUAAACCAUCUGUGAGACAGAGCUGUUGCUACAGCAAGUGUAAAUAUCUCUUGACACUUGAUCACUAUCUCAGCAUGUGAAUAGGUCACCAAUGGUAAUGAUGAAAGAGUGGAUCUCGCUUUUUUCAUAACAGGAAGUUAUCCCAAGAACACAUUUAACAAAUAUAGAAUUUGGAUGUAUGGUCUCACCACAGUUUGUGCAUGUUAUACCUGCAUCACAGAAUUUGCUUAAAAAUAUGUGCUGGAAUUGAACAUUUGUCCUCAAAAUCUCGACACGACAUUAAUAAUAAUAGGUCUUUGUGACAAAACAUCACUAUGGAGGUUUAAUUGGUCCCUAUGGUGUUUUUAGAGAAAUCUAUAGAUGAAACAUGGGACACAUCUAUAAAGAUAAAAUGAGGUAUAUUGUGUUUCUAAAUGUUACAAUCUCUAUUUGUUGUUUUUAAUUCUAGACUACAUGUGUGUGCUCCGAGUGUUUUAAAACCGUGAUUUUUUUCAGUAUAUUUUGUAUGUCACCCAAAAUAAAGACUGCCUGAUUUA